AUGAAUGAAGAGGAAGAAUUAGCAGGUGUGGAACACACGCAUGGUGAAGUGAUGUCAAGAAGAGAAGGAGAAAAUGAUCCUGAUCAACCUCCAGCGGUACGUGCAAGAGUGGAAACUGUACCUCAACCAAGGUGGACAUUGAACAGCAGAGUCAGGGAAGUACUGUUAGAUGGAUUGAAUAUCCCGGAGACACCUAAACUAAAUGAUUUCCUCCGCAAUAAUGUGGGUGGCAGGGGUGUUGUUGAUUCCAAUGAGAAUGUUACCAUGGAGGCAUUUGUCGUAAAUCCGGCUGUGUUUAUUCAAGAUAAAGAACUGAUAAGACUUAUUACUGCACUGCCCGCCUACAAGAGAGUAGAGGUUGCAAACAAUCUGAACGAGGCAGCAUACAAUCUUGAAGAAGCAGGAGUUUACUCUCUCCAGCAAUGGGAUGAAUUUACAGAGAAGGAGAGGAUUCUUUUAAUGGCAAGGGGAAAGCUGGAUGGAGCUCUUAAUAUUGCAAAGGGGAAGCAGAUGUUUGUUUCUCAGUUAGCUACAUCUGUGGUAAUGGAAGGUGCAUAUGAAUCUGUGUAU